AUGCCGCCAAUAUCAUAUAGAAGAGGAUGUUUCAUAAAUUACUCAAAGGAGAAGAUGUGGGAGCCCGGCUACCUUAAAGCCAAGUGCAAGGAGUUGGGCUUGGAGGACCAAUUCCAGUUGUAUCAGAUCCGACUGUGGAAAAGCUAUCUGAGCGUUUUCUAUUUUCUUCACAUCUUAGUUACUGUAAGCCAUUGCACCCUUUUGCUAACGACAAGCACUCACGUUGAAAUAAUAUACUUCGACGUGGGACUUUACAUUGGCAGCGCUGUGAUCAUCUUAUCGAUUCUAAGCAUAAAUUUUUGUGACGCCUUCAUUGCGGAUCACACAUGGAUGAUGUUCCUUAGCUCAAUGCUCGCCGCCCUUACUCUGGUUUUGACAGACCUAUUUCAGACAUUUUACCAUAAGACGUUUACCAACUGGACUCUUGGAUCGUUCUACGAUACGUAUAUUAUCUUUAUGAUAUACAUGUUUCUGCCAAUCCACUUCAUUUUUGGUGCAGUGGCCCUUGGCCUCUUGAUUUCAGGCAUCUACAUAGUUUACUUUUUGAUCUUCGAGGGCCUAAGAUUCACCUUAAUCUUUUCCGAUAUUUUCCAUUUUACUGGACUGUGGGUGGACAUACUCCACUACUUGUGCCUUAACAUGGUCGGACUCUUUUUCCGAGUGAUGAACGGCAUCGUGGUGCGAUCCUCCUUCCUGGACCGCCAUCAGUACGUUAAAGAGGAGCUUUGGCUGCGGAAUGCCCGGCUCCAAGAGAAACUUCUGCUGGACAGCAUCCUCCCGAAGGCCAUAUCGCAGCACUUGCAGAGAGAAAUCCAGAACAGGAUUAGCCUGGCCAAGAAGGGAAUGCGGCACUUUAGCGUAUUGGACCGGAGCAUGACCAUACAGGUGCACCCGGAUGUCAGCAUCCUGUACGCGGAUGUAGUAAACUACACUCACCUGACAACAACGCUGACCGUGGAGCGGCUUGUGACCAUCCUGCACGAUCUCUACAGGCGAUUCGACGUGGCAGCCUCCCGUUACCAGGUGCAACGGAUCAAGUUCCUUGGUGAUUGCUACUACUGCGUAGCCGGCUUGGUAGAACCGGAUCCGGAUCAUGCUGACAACUGUGUGGCUCUAGGUCUGUGCAUGAUCGCCGAGAUCCAAGAUUUACGGGAUAUUCAAGCACUAGAUAUCAAUAUGCGCAUUGGAGUACAUUCGGGUAAUCUCUUUGCGGGCAUCAUCGGUCAGGCCAAGCUUCAAUACGAUGUUUGGGGACUGGAUGUUACCAUUGCCAACGUGUUGGAAUCUACUGGCGUGCCAGGCUUCGUUCAUAUUAGUGGCGCUACUUUAAGCAAUUUGGACUUACCUGAUUAUGUUAUCAUUGAUGGUCCCGAAAGGGCUGUUGACCAUCCCCUCUUAAAGAAAUACAAAAUAAAGACGUAUAUAGUAGAAUCUGGUCCUUCAAGUAGAGAAAGCAGUGACUCUUUCGAUUAUGGCAGAACUUUAUCUGUGAUAAGUAUUACCUCAAGACCAUUUCACCACACCAGACAGGAAGAUGCAAACCUUGACGCCAUUUUCAACGCAGAGCUUAAUGAGGAAUUUCGGAAGAUGCCUGUCAGUCCAUAUAACAUAAAAGAUUUCUAUGGAAACAUUGGGAAAAAUGAACAGUCCAAGCUACACGAGAAAGUGACUUUUUUUCUAACUUUUCGGGAUAUGGAUUUGGAGAAAGACUAUUUAGGACAAACGGAUUUUAUGUUCAAGUACAAUAUUCUUCUGGUCUGCAUGAUUGGGCUUUCCCUGCUAUUUGUCCAAAUAACGUACGGCGAAGGUUUAUGCCUACUCUGCGCUUCCCUGGAUGGCUUUGUUAUUUUUAGUCUGUUCCUAUUUACCUUUAUUUCGUGGUAUAAAAAGGUGUGCUGGUGGAGAAUAGGGAGACGCAACCCAGGUCACGUUUAUAAUCGCUUUAGCUGCUUUAUUUUCUAUGUCUACGAGAGCAUCCAAAGAAGUCUUCUUAUCCGCAUAUGCAUUUAUCUAUUUGUGACUGCUUCGAACUGCCUGGUGGUUGCAAUAAUAUUGUUUAAUUGCGAUCGUUCCGCUUAUAUUCUUGGAAAAAUCGAGAGCAAGAUUUUUCACUACGAAGAGAAGAGUUCGAUGUGCUUUCAGCCUUGGCUUGUGACCAAUGUUGCGGCAAUUAUGAUCAGCAUGGCCAUUACGUUCACUCGUAUUCCUUUCCUGGUCAAGACUUUGGUCGUCGUAGUACAGACAGUAACAUACCUAUUAUUGGUUUUCACAGUCUACGACUUUAACUAUCGCCACAGUGUCAGUUCUAAUCCCUUCCUGGCUGCAGAGUACGCCCAUGGUCUGCUAAUUUUAAUAACGGCGGUUACUGCCUAUCUGAAGGAGCGCCAAAUCGAGUUUGCCAAUAAGGUGAAUUUCAGCUGGCAAAAAGAGUUGGAAGGCAAGGAGCGUGAUGCCCAUUUAACCAAUCAAUCGAUUGUGGUUUUGCUCAACAACAUUCUACCCAGUCAUGUUGUGGAAAUGUAUCUUAAUUCAUUAGCUAAGCAUGAGCUCUACUAUGAAAAUUAUCAAAUGGUCUCUGUUAUGUUCGCCAUGUUAAUGCAUUUUCAAAUGGACCUAGAGAACCUACGAAUACUGAACGAAAUUAUUACGGAAUUCGACAUAUUGUUACUAUAUUAUAAGGAAUAUUUUGUGGUAGAAAAAAUAAAGGUUGUGGGCUGCACCUACAUGGCAGCUUGUGGAUUGGACGUGAGCUUUGCCGAUAGCAUAAGUAAGCCUGUAAAACGAGAAUCGGAAGGCAAGUGACAAUCAUAAAACUAAUAAGCAUAAGCCAAAUUAAAUUAUUAACCAGAAUUUAGAGGAUCAUUUGGAGGAAAUCAUAAAGAUCUGGAGGAGGUGGUAUACGUUCUAGCCAGUUUUGCUCUCGACAUGAUGAGGACUUUGGAAGGCUUCAAAACCACUUACAAGUCGGUCGCGGCCAUGCGGAGCCACUCAAUUGGAGCAAUUAGCAUCGGUAUCUCGAGCGGAGAAGUGAUGGCUGGAAUUGUAGGCGCUUCCCAGCCGCACUACGAUAUUUGGGGCAACGCCGUCAACAUGGCGUCGAGGAUGCAGUCCACUGGCCUAGCGGAUACUAUACAAGUGACUGAAGAAUCAGCUUUAAUCCUGGAGGAAUUCGGCAUUAAAUGUAACUAUCGGGGCCUAACCUAUGUUAAGGGCCGCGGCAAAAUCCCAACCUAUAUGGUGGACAUCAGCAAGGAAUAUGACUUUACUGUGAAACCGCAGAGACGAAAGCCCAGUCAUGAACAACGCAGUACGAUUUUGUCGUAUUUGCCCUACGAUGCUGUUGAUAUACCAAACGAGUUAGGAAGCGACACGAUUAGCUUUUCUAACAACCCAAAGUUCAAAGACUACUCCAGCAUAUAACUAUAAAGACAGCAGU